AUGCUAGGAGUUCGGUGCACUUCAAUUAUACCCCACAAACCAGUCCUAACAGAGACGAACAUUGGAGACCAGUCUGGAAAAACCUUCAUUGUAACAGGAGGGACUGGUGGAAUUGGCAAGGGGCUCGUCCAAAUUCUCUACCAGAAGAACGCGAGAAUUUAUGUUGCUGCUCGCUCAAGUAACAAAACGCAGGCACUCGUCGAAGAGCUUGAAAGUGCAUUUCCCAAAUCCAAAGGCGCUCUUAUUUUCCUCAAGUUGGAACUGGACGAUCUGGCCACGAUUAAAGCAUCGGCCGAGGAGUUUAUAGCCAAAGAGAGUCGCCUGGACGUGUUAUGGAAUAAUGCAGGUGUGAUGAUCCCACCUGAAGGGUCCAAAACCAAACAGGGUUACGAGCUGCAGCUCGGUAUCAACAAUCUCGGACACUUUCUCUUCACACAUUUUUUGACACCUCUUCUCGAGAAGACGGCACAGACAUCCGCUCCAAACUCAGUACGAGUCAUUUGGGUAUCUUCAAGUGCUGCUGACGCAGCCCCUCGCCCUGCAGUUGAUUUCUCCAAUAUGGACUACCACCGGAAAGAGGGGACGUGGACACUAUAUAUGCGAAGCAAAGCAGGGAGUGUCAUCCACUCUGUUGAGUUCGCCCGCCGUACGGCAGGGUCUGGCAUACUAAGCAUCGCACUCAAUCCGGGAAAUUUCGUAACAGAUCUCCAGCAGAAUAUGCCAGCAGUCCAACUGGCAAUGUUUAGGCUUUUAGCACAUGAUCCCAAGAAAGGAGCCUAUACGGAACUCUUCGCUGGCUUGUCCCCUGCGAUCACCAGCGCAGUCAAUGGUGGAUGGAUCUCCCCAUUCGGAAAGAUUGAAGCUGUGCGAGGAGAUAUGAAAGACAAGGAGCUUGGGAGGAAGUACUGGGAGUGGAGCGAGGCGCAGGUCAAACCAUUCCUCUGA